GUGGCAUAAUCAGCCCCUAUAUAGUCGUUGGGUCAGUGGCAUGCAAGAUUUGUCAACACUGACAAUCUGCUCCGUAUUUACACCUGGUAAACGUAGACGUAAACAACUCGAACUGGUCAUUUUACCUGUGGAUUGUUUGUUCUGAUGAACCCUUGGUUAUGAGUUUGUGUCACGGAGUGUGAAUUUUACGUUGUGAAUUUAAUUUCGCUACAUAACGGCUUGAUCUGUGACCGACGGUCGGCGCUAUGUUGAGCGCGCCUGGUCCGAGGCCCCAUGUGCUUUUUGGGCAGGGUAAGAGUGCUAAUACCCUUCUGACAGAGGAUGGGUGUCACUAUCCCGUCAUCUCCCCGUCCUAUACAGACCGCCUGCGGGCAGCGUCCGCCCCUUACGAGCAUGGCAAGGGAGUACGGGCAAUGCAUAAAACUACACUCACCAUAGCAAAGCCGCCCUGGGACCCCCGGGAUGCUUACAAGACAUCUAACAAACAGGACUUCGGGGGCAGCAAGUCACUGAACCCAGUGAGACGUCCUCCACGAUGUCCCUCCAUGCACACGUCCCAGUGGGACAUCGGUCAGAACAAGCAGGACAAGUAUUGGGACACACACUACAAGGGAACAUUCCAUGAAAAAGACAUCAUACCGGCUACGGCACGAGCCAAUCGUCUGCAUAUGACGUCACUGGUGAACAGAAUUGACCAGACGGAGGGCGCGGAUAUGAAGGACACGAUAAAGUCGGACAAGAAUCACCCGAAUUACUGGUCACAGUAUGGACGUAUCCACAACAAGCUCGGACACAUGUUGGGGACGGGCGUGGCUCGUGAACCGCCGGUACGGAGAAGUUACAACGUGAUCACAGGUGAGGAGACAGGACCGGCCUGGGAGGAUAUGAAUCGACGAGUAUCAGGGAACCGAGUAUUGUACUCCAAUCGGUAUGAGAGAGUACCGCCAUUACUGGGCUAACCCCUCUCGGGCCAAUCGCUAGCCUGCCACGGGGAGGGCGGUACUGGUGUAUCACAAAUCAAGGAAUGCAUCAUAAACGGAACUGUAUCUAUCCAGUAUACCAGCACUUAAGUGUCAAUCUGUAACAACUGUUACGGCUUGCCACAGGGAGGACAGCACUCUUAUACCAUAAGAUCUAGAAAUGGUUCUAUCAUAAACGGAACUGUAUCCAUCAUCCAGGGUACAAGCACUUGAGUGUCAAUCUGUAACAAUUAACUGUUACACAACACAGGUAGCAGCAACUGAUGGCUUACCACAGGGAGGGCAGCACAUUUGUACCGCGAGAUCCUGCAAUGGUUCAAUCAUAAACAGAAUUGUAUCUCUAAAAUUUACCAACUGUUAAUCCUUUCACCCCUAUGCAACUUUAGACUCUCCAAUGCAUUGAUCUGGACAAGCCCAUUAUGGUCUACAGUGUUGAAAGGGUUAAGUGUCAUCCCAUAAAAAAAUGGUAUGCAAUUUGUAAAUACAGAAAUGGAACAGUUUACAUCAUUGUAGAAACAGUACGGAGUUCCAUAUGUGUUUAAGCUUGACAGGUACAGAAUGUGUAGGGUCCGCCCAACUUUUUUCCUUCUGUGCAAAGAUUUUGCUUGGCAACACACUUGAACUUGACUAACUGUUGGUCAAUUUUAGUGAACACUGGAAAUGUAAGACUGGACAGUUCGGAGGGGAAAUCAUUAGCCCUCCACACUGGCCCAGGUUAACAGACGGCAUUCUGAACCUCCUAAGGAAGACAUUGAUACCUGGAUUAAAUUUUAAGACAACAGUACUGAUAAAUUUAGUUAAACUACAACAGAGGUGAAUCUAGAGGGGAUUUCUGGGCUCUAGAAGGUUUAGAAAGAGAAGAAACAGCGAGAGAAAUCCCUAUAAAAACAUGCAUUUCCCCUAUUUGAAAAUCCCCCUCAAGGACAUUUAGAACCCCCCUCCCCAGACUUGUCUCUGUAUCUGCCACUGCUGUAAUGUAAGAGUAAUUCUUUGUUAUUACAUUUUGAAAUUAGGAUUAUCGGGUGUAGUUCAUCUUAAAUCAUUGAUGAUGGGUGAGAGGUAGAAAGAUCCCAGCAGAAACUGCUAUAGUGUUACUGUGCAGAGUUUUGUUUUGUUUGUUUUCUAUUUGUUGACAGAUUUUAUUUAGAUUUAUUAUUGACACAAUAAUUGUUUGUUGUUCACACCCCUGCCUUACAUUUAAAUGCCAAAUAGUAUUUGAUCAUUAUAAAGGCAACCUUACCUGUUACCAAUAAUUAUUUACAUAAUGAUAACAUUUAUUUACAUUAUUUUUUUAAAUUGUAGAUUUUUAGAUUUGGAACAGAUUUCUGCUUGGCAGAUAAACGUCGUUUUCGUUUGUACAGUGUGUCAAUAAUAUUACCACAAUCAGAACUGUAGAACCCAUGAUGGCUAGAUAUUUAUUGUCACAGAAUUACCGAGAUUAAAUCCUGGUAAUUUUUACAGGGUAGGAUUUGGGUAUAAUGACCAAAUGAAUUUUAAAAGUAUAAUUUUAUAAAUAUUGUACAGUGUAAAUAUUGUACAGUGUAAAUACAGUGUAAAUAUUGUACAGUGUACUUGUAAUUUGAAAAAAGCUUCCAGAUAAACUAUAAUUGUCUGCUGGAUGACCAGACUACUCAGAAAAGGAAUGGACGUAAAACCACUUCAAGAAUCUAUUCAUUAGGAUUAACUGAACAAUUGUUUUGGCUGGUUUUUUAAGUUCUUUGUAAAAGAAACAGUCAAUCCUGUCACUACAAUUUUCAAGUCUUCAUAAGAAUAUUUAGUCAAUCCUAUCUUUCCAAAAAGGUGAAUCUUCCAAAUCUACAACUCCUCCUCUGGAAAACCCCCAUUGAAAUUGUCUAUAGAGUAAUGUGGAGAAGACCGCGUUAGGCGUCGUUAGUAACUUUCAAAGUCUUCCAUCGGACCUCAACUCGAUAGAUAGGUGGUACAGCUUCAGUAUUAUUACAUAUGCCAAUAAUAUAUUUCAUGAGAUUCUCCUGUAGAUUUUAGAAGUAUUAUUUAAGAAUUUCAUGUGUUUAUUUUGUAGAUGUGAUAAUCUGUGAUACCAUUAUGUGUCAAAAAGCUAUUUCUCAUCAUAGCCCUGGAGACUGUUACCAAUUUAUUUUUUUACGCCGUCCAGGCACUUUAUGACUUUUGUUUGAUGAGCCAUUCAUGUAAAUCAAAUGUUGUAGAUGAUUUUUUUUAUAUUUUUUUUUUUUUUUCCAAUUUUCAAUUUUUCAUGAAUAACACAAUUAACACAACCAAUUGAUACUUUAAUUAAAAUGUGUACAAAUGGGUACAUAUCAAAUGGUUAUACACACCGUAUUGCUUUUACACACAAAAUAUAAAAUUCUGUCAUAAGUGAUUAUUCAUAUCACUAAUAUCAGAACUGUGCUCUUAAAUCAUGAUUUUUUUUGACAGCGAUGUUUAACUGGAAUAUUUCAAUAAAAGGAAUUAGCAUCCUAAAUCAUCAAGAUUUUUUUUAACUCAUGUUAAGUUUUUUUUUUUUUUUAAAUUAGUAAAGAAUUUGAAUAAAAGUUUAAAGAAAUUCUUGUGGAACAAGACAGAAUGAUUUGAGUAAACAGUAUACAUUUUCUGAUUCAAGGCAAGUAUUAUGCCAGUAAAAUUACACCACUAAUCUUCUGUUUUAUUUUAAUUAAUAUUUGAUUUAGUUUAUCCAUUUCAUUUGUUAACAUUUCAUUGAAUCGUUUUUGUUUAUGACAUUUCAUAAUAAGCAUGUUUUCUCAUUUUACCCAGUGCAAUCUAAUAGUUAAACUAGAUAUGACAUAUAUUUUUAAUUUAUCUACUAUUUAUUGUAUUUAUUUAUUCAUAUUUAUUCACCACCAAUAUUCCAUUAUACACUGAAUAUAUAGGUGUUUUAUGCUAAAAAUUGAACAAGAAUGAAAAUAAAUUUGAAGCGAUAAAAAUCUGCAGAUAACCUGGAACAAGUGAACGCCUGAGACACCCUUUGUGUAGUGUCUCUUAGAAUACACAGACCUAGGCGUUCAUUUGAGCUACAAUUUACGAAUGGAUAAAUUGAGGGGAAAAUCUGUGUUAAUAUGUUUUUGGUGAAACUGAAACCAGGUACCAUGUAAUUAUGCAAGGAAGAAGUACAAAUUUUCAUCUAAAAGUUAUGAUGAGAUUGAUAUUACUAAUUUACCAAUCAGUUUUAAAUUAGUUUUUUUAAAAAGAAUGAUUAUACCCCUUAUAUGAAACAUCAGAAGAAACUCAUAUGGAGAAUUUUCUAAUUUUGAUUUAGAAGUGGAAAAUCCAAGAAGGGGUCCUUAUUGAUUUUUCUUUGUAAACAUUACCGUAAUGACAUGUUUGGGGCAUUUUAAAGGAUAACCCAUCAACUCAUUCACCCCUGAAUACACAUUUGAACUCUUUCAAAUCAAAGGUUGGAAUAGUUCAUUAUGAAAUUUCAGGGGUGAAUGAUUUAACCCCUUUCUUCUCAGACGUAAGAGUCGGAGGAGGAGAGGAGGAGUGUAUGUGUAAGCAAAUGCAGGUCUAGGCCUGCACUCUCGCAGAAACCUGCUACUGUUUGUCAUAUGCUUUUGAAGUCCUGCAGCAUUUUGCUGUGGUUUUUACUACAGUACGACUAAAUGUCACACAAGUUUGUGAGAUUUUUGUAUUUGGAGAUUGAAAUCAUGCUAUAUGCUGUGUACAAAAUAAACAAAUCAUUACAUUACAAUCAAAGUGCUCACUGGGACCAACACUUAACAUUUUUGUUUUUUUAAAUUUACAUUUGAUAUGCUGCUGCAUAACCUAACCUUAUGAAAUAAAUUCAUCGUCUUACUUACAUAUUAAGGAUGUUAUAUACAACCUUGAUAUCGCACCAUUUUGAUUUCAUGUGGAGGAUCCCCGUACCACUGCUAAAAACUAUUUACUAUGCAUUGGAAAUAUUUUUUCCAAUAUGACUAUAUAGCUUUGAUAAACCACAGUAGUCAACAGUAAUACCCCGCUACAGUUAUAUCAAAAUCAAAUUUAGGGGAGCAGGGCUAGAAACUAAUUUUCAAAACCACUAGCCAGUUGAGCUAGUGGUUUCCAGUUUUACUAAUAAUCCAUGUGCAAAUUCCACAAAUGAAAUAUAAUUCAACAUGAUAAGCAAUAUCAAAUUUUUACUUGUCUAUCUGGCGAGUGGAUGUUAGAACCAACAGUCCAUCUGGAGAUCUCACUGGUCUCAGACUUUCGGUUACCGUUAUUUUUUAGCCUCCGGGGAGGUUGAUGUAUGCAUGAAAUCUACAGAGGAAUUCUAUAGUGUUUAGCCUGCAGAGGGACAGAGUGAUCCUUAUAAGGAAUAAAUACAGAUUUGUGCAGUGCUGACUGCAGAUUUUGGAUUAUAAAUCCCUUUCACCCCUAUGUAACUUUAGUAGACUCAACCAUGCAUUGAUAUGGAUGAGUCCAUUAUGGUCUACAGUGGUGAAAGGGUUACUUGACUAGAAAUGUUAGCUGUCUUGUUGAAUUUGUGGAUCGAGUCACCGUAUCGCGAAAUGGUAUUAGCACUGCCUUAAAAAUCUAACCCUAUUCAAGAUAUAUUCAUAACCCUAUUCAAGAUAUUUUCAUAACCCUAUUCAAGAUAUAUUCAUAACCCUAUUCAAGAUAUGUUCUUUGUAAAAGAAGAUAAAUUGCUCCAUUAUAAGUUUUGAAGAAGAAA